AUGGCCAUUGUGACCCAAGGCCAGCUGCGAUUCCGGAUGGAGGACUACGACGAGAAUAAGUUCAACGUCAUCAGCAUUGCCGAGGCAAUUGAGGCGGCAUCCAAGCUUUGGAGCAGCGAAGGAAGCCGGCAGCGAGUGCGGGACGAGAGCGAAUGUCAGGUGAUCGUGGCAUCGUCCCAGGAGAUUCGUGGAAUUCACUUGGACUUUGUCGAGGCAGUCGUCCUAAUCGGUGAGCCAGAGAGUAUCGACGACUACAUGCAUGCUGCAGGUCGCACCUGCCGUUACCAGCCUGGCUCCCCGGAGCCGGAGGAAGGCAUGGUGGUGUCAAUUGUUGACGAUGACGUCGCAACGAAAAUUCUGAAAUGGUCAGAGAUCUCUGGUUUCAAGCUGGUCGAGGUCCCUUUGAAGCAGAACAUCAAGACUGGUGAGCCAGCUGAAAGGAUGCUUACAGCAAGGCAGAAGAGGGAAGCUGCGAAGUUGGAGGAGGCUAUGCAGGAGCUUGACAUCUCGGACCUCGACGACCUGGACACAACAUUCGCAGAGGCUGAGCGAAAAAACCCUCCGUCGGUGUGGAGCUGA